UUUUUGUAAUUAAAAUAUAACAUGACUAAUCAUACGGUGAAAGAAACAGACAGUUUAAUGAUGUACUGAUCUCACGAGAAGAACAUGGCGUCCAUUAUUAGAGACACGGGUGAGAUUUGGAGCCGACUAUUCGAUCAUCGACCAUUUAUUCAGGGCGAAAUCACAUUCUUUCUUCGCGAAUUUCAGGAAAAGAGAGAUGAUCGAGAAGUAGAACGACUUUUCAAAAUACUUGAAUAUUCGACGGAUUUAAAAGAAAGUCAACUCGAUCGAACAGAACAACUCGGAGAUUGUCAUUUACCAAGUUUAAAAGCAAAUGUUGAUGUUGCCCUGAGUAUGUGUGAAAGAGUUCUUCAAAGAGAACAAAAUUUUGACAGUGAUAUAGCAUUGCUAGAAAAUAGAGAAAUAAGGAAAUUAGAAUGGGAGAAGUUUGUUAAUGAUAUGAGUGAAAAUUGUGAGAAAGUAAAUCAAACUUUUCAAGAAAAAGAGAAUGAAAUAAAAGAAUUUUAUAUUGACUUAGAAAGAAAGUUACACAUUACACCAUAAACAUUGUUACGUACCAAUAUUUUACAAAUACAUUUUGUAUUUUGUGAUUACGUAUAACAUAAAAUAGUACCAAUUUUGGAUUUAAUGUAUAAACACUAACAACAAUAUAUUUUGUUAAUAAUAGAACACUUGUAUCUAAAAAACAUAAGAAUGCCAGUUGAAUCAAUAGAAGAUCCUUCCAUUAAAAUCAAACCAAAUAAGAAAUUAAUAGAAUUCAUCUGCAAAAAUGUGAAGAAGACUAAUAGUACUCCAGUUACUAUUA